AUUGGCGAUGUUGAGCUAAUUAGGGCCUAUCACUUAACCCGCUAAUGUGCAACGCUCGGGCGAGAACUUUGUUCUUAGAUAUACCAACUCAUUGACUCGCUGACGCAGUUUUCAAGCAAGCGAUAAUAUGCGCAUUAUGGGAUGGUUCCUGUUGCAUUGGCAUUAGCCGCAACCCUUGCAGUCUCCCAGGCAUCUAGAGCUUUGCAGUACUUCAGCGGCUCGGUUGCGGAUCUGCCCCUAACGACUUCAUCAGGAAUUUCGACCCAGGUUCGUUUGUGCCUUAUGGAUACAAAGGCUCAAAGCAACAUGCAUCAAAUUCGGCUUGGCUAUGCUGAGGUGCCGGAAAAGUGGACGGCAUGAAUUGUACUUCACCCACUUUAGCUCAUCCCUAACCUGAGAAAACAAAGCAGAAAGUUGGAUGAUAAUCUGUCAAAUCAACCACCACCACAUCCACCGCCGCAACCACCGCCUCCACAGCCUCCACCCCCGC